CUAUAAUAAACAUAACCUCAAUUUGAGAUUUUUUGAAAUUAAUUUUAAUGGAUAAGCGGCAGUACGAAUAAGUUACAGUUUACAGUAACCCAGUGAGAUGUUUAUUAAACUUAAAGUGCCUAGUCUAGUUAGCAAAAAAUGCAAUGUAUUUCAAUACACUUGUACCAUUUUGUUAGCAGGUUCCUCUAUUGACCAAAUAGCGUUGCUAAGCUACAUACCGACAGACUGCCAAAUUACAAAACCGUCAACUAAAAUCAAAGAUAAUGUCUACAAACUCGGGUGACGAGAAGGUUGUUGAAGCGAGAAAGCUUUGCUACAACUUGCAAAGCGAAGAUAAACGUGUUCGGAAACUAGCACUGAUCGAGUUGCGAAACUAUCUGUUGACUAACGAAUUCAGUGAUCUAGAGAUGCAGUCGGUUUUCAACGAGACGCAUAUUUAUACUCUCAAAGCUUUUAGGGAUAAAACCGAAGCUGUACGCAGUGAGGCGAUUAAGUUUAUGCAAUUUUUUGUUAUUGACAAGUUGCCAAAGAAUGACUAUUAUUUGACGUACCUUUUCCCUGUGUUUGUUGAACGAAUCGGUACGGUAGAGUUGGUCGAGGAAUCCGAGGAGAUUCGCUUGGAACUACUGCAAUUUGUGAGAGAGAUCAUUGUCAAGUACUCGAAUACAGUACAAUUGAAACCUUUUUUAAAUGAUUGUGUUAGUAUUUUGUGUGAGACGGUUAAAGAUAAACAUCCGGCUGUAAAGGAUGCGAGUUGUAAGUGCAUCACGCAAUUGGCGGACGCCUUACCUCGUGAUUUUCACAUGCAAGCUGAAAGUCUUGUUAAACCGGUACUUACCGCUUUUACGUACCAACGUUUCAAAAUUCGACUUGAAGCGGUGAAAUGCAUGGGAGACAUUGUAAUGCACAGUCCGUACAAGGCACUUGAAGAAGCCGCUGGGCCAAUGGCGGAAAGAUUAUUCGAUCAGAUUCCGGCGGUAAGGCAGAUGGUGGCUCAGGUCGCUUCACGUUGGUUGCUGAACUAUCGUGAUCGUUACUCCUACUUCCAUAAGUUGCUGCCCUUAAUUCUAACUGGGUUAAAUGACGAAAUUCCCGAAACCAGAGAGAAAGCAUCUGCAUUGUGGCAAACUAUCGGCUUACAAUAUGAAAGAGAAAAUGAGAGCGAUCUGAAAGAUCAGAUGGAUUACUUGACUACACUUCCGAAAUAUUAUCCGGAGAAUUUAAUACGUCCAAAUUUGGGAUGCCGCGCUUUAGUUCAACGUUGCGUUUGUAAUAUUGCGCCCGCAUUGGCACGAGAAUUAAGCAGUUGGCAGGGAGACGUGAGGGUUCGUUGCAGUCAGCUGUUAUGCGCGGUCGCCUUUCACGCCGAAGAAUACCUAACGCAACAUUUGCAAGAUCUACUGCCUGCGAUGUACACGGCUGCACGUGACGAAGAUCAACGGGUUGUCGUUAAUGUACUGCAAGCGGGCGAGUUGAUUGGAUUAUUCGUGCCGGUUGAAACAUGGUGUAAGCUCAUACUCCCCGCGAUUGAAGAUGGGCCACACUAUGGUCAAUUAGCAGUUUUAUCGUCACUAAUUAAAGGCACCCCUUGUCAAUACAUCAAGUUACAUUUGGAGGACAUUUGUAAGCUGUUGGCCGAAGAUAGUAUUUGCCAAAGUCGAAAGUGCAAAUAUCAAUUACAGUUAGUCAAAUGUGUGCGUACAAUUCUAUCAAAAUGCAAUCAGGAGAAAAAGGAGUUGGGCGAAUACAUAUUUCGAAUUAUUGUUACAGUAGUUGCUCUGCGUGACUCUCAAAAUCAAUAUUUGUUUGACCUCUCUCUCUUGGAGGAUCUACAAAACGCAUUCGGAUUUCUUUCGGUCACGAGCGUAUGGAGCGAGUACUCUCCCAAUUUGCUUAAAAAAAUUAAUGUAGAUCCGAAAUCGUGGACGUCGAUUACAGUUGAACGAUGCAUCUUCGAAAGCUUUCUCUUGGAAUCGGGGGAGGCGUUCGGUGAAAACCUGCAAGAGACUGGAGAUAUUUUGGAGAAAGCGCUUGAUACAGAUGCAGAUCCAGAAUCGCGUUUAAAAACGUUUAUAGCACUAUCCACAGCUCUGGAGUGCAAAGAUAAAAUAUUUAAAAACGCUACAGAUUUGGAUGCAUUUCUCCAAAAGCUAUUAGUGCAAGUGCUUGUACCUACACUAGUCUGGCAUGCCGGUUUAACAGCCGAAGCAAUGAGAACAAUGGCCGUAGCAUGCGUGUGCAGUGUUUUAAAUCCUGGAGUUCAAGUUGACCUCUUCCCACAAGCCGCAACCAUUGCACCAUUUCUCGAGAAGCUGACACCGCUCCUAUUGUCGCUGACUGAGGAUAGCUCAAGCAGAAGUCGCCAGUUGGCCAUUGAAGCUCUCACUCUAAUUAAACUCAUCGCCAGUAAAAGAAAAUGCUGGGACACGGACGCCUUACUUAAAGUUUAUCCUGAACUUUUGAAACGACUAGACGACCCGACCGACACCGUGAGAAUAACCGCAGUAAAGGCGAUUGCGAUUAUCUUUAAGGAACCUCCCUCCGAAUUCACUAAGAGCAAUUAUAACGGUCACCACGAGCAUCUUAUCGAUACUUUAGUUACACAUUUUGAUGACGACGACGACGAUUUACAAUCACAUCUUGCAGAUUGUCUAAAAGUGAUAGCAGGCGUGGCUUCCAAGACUACUUUAUUGGAUAAGUUUAAUAAGCAUAAGAAAUUGACAAGAAAUAGCGCAAAAUUGGAGGAUUUAUUUAGGGAGUUUAUUUCUAUUGCUUAAUCUAUAUUUUUAUUUUUUUUAAAUAAAACAGUUUCUACUUUUUUCAGUCA